AUGUCCUCUCCCACCUCUAAACAUCUCCCACGCCAGCCCCCCCGGCCCGGGUCCCUAUGGCGCCUAGACGUCCUCUCAACCGGCGAAUGCAACACCACCAGCCCCGCGCCCCCCUUGAAGCCUCAGCAACUCACCUGGACCUCGCUCCCCUCAGGCCGCGGACUCCUAGCCACCACCCCGUCAUCCCAAGCCGAAGCCCGCGACGUCCCCGACGACACCAAGCGGCGAUAUCUCUCCGGCGGGUACCUCGCGCCGCCCGAAGGCUUCUGGCUCGUCUACCUCGACGGCAUGCGCUGGUACCCUUCCUCGCCGGAUUUCGUGAAGUUCGGCUCCGCAACGCGGCGCACCCCGCGCUUCCUCAACAGCGACGGCGACGCCCUGGGGCCCACCGUGUCCGGCGCGGCGGGGUGCGAGACGCCGAUGUUCUCGUACAUACCGCGGAACCUGCCGGUGUGGGACGGCGACGACCGCACGUCGUCGUCCCUGGCGUUCGACGAGCCGCGGAUCACGCGCGUGUAUGUCAAGGACGGGCGGGAGGUGCUCGUGGUGCCGAACGGGAGGCUGAUGGUCUGGGUUAGGGGGCCCAGGGAGGACGUGCCGCUGGAUUGCUUGAAUGCGCUGAGGAGGCACGCGGGGGUGAUCAAUACGUCCGAGCCGUUGGAGAGGUUCCCGAGCGCGAGGUGGGCGGUUGUGGCGGAGGUUCCGGCGGCGAUUAGGCGGGUGGUUUGGGAGAUGGGGGAGGUGAGAUGA